AUGGCUAACCUUCAGCUAUGUUUCUUCUCUCUCCUCCGUUCUCUACAUCUCUCCCAUUUACACACUCCUAUCAAGCGUAGGCACUCACAACGGCAGCUUCCACUGCGACGAAGCUCUUGGCUGCUUCAUGAUUCGCCUCACCGACAAGUUCUCCAACCCCAAAUUAUCCGAACCCGAGAUCCUAAGGUUUUGGAGGGUCUUGAUGCUGUGCUUGAUGUUGGGGGUGUGUAUGAUCCGAGUAAUGACCGGUAUGAUCAUCAUCAGAAGGGCUUUGAGGAGGUUUUUGGACAUGGGUUCAAUACAAAACUUAGUAGUGCCGGUCUUGUUUACAAGCAUUUUGGAAAGGAGAUAAUAGCUAAAGAGCUUCAGCUUGAUGAAGCACAUCCAGAUGUUCAUCGGUUAUUUUUGGCUGUUUACAAAAACUUCAUGGAGGCAAUUGAUGCAAUUGACAAUGGAAUUAACCAGUAUGACACGGAGAAGCCUCCAAGAUAUGUGAAUAAUACACAUUUGUCUUCAAGGGUGGGGAAACUAAAUUUGGAUUGGAUAGAACCUGAUCAAUCAGCUGAGAAGGAGAAUGAAGCCUUCCAACGAGCAAUGACUCUGGCUGGCAGUGAGUUUUUAGAUUCUGUUAGGUUUUAUGUGAAAUCAUGGUUACCAGCAAGGUCAAUUGUCAUGGAAUGUCUUGCAGCGAGAUACGAUUUUGAUCCGAGUGGUGAAAUUAUGGUUUUGAAACAAUUUUGUCCUUGGAAGCUUCACUUAUUUGAGCUUGAGGAGGAGAUGAAGAUUGAACCUCUUAUUAAAUAUGUUCUUUACGAGGAUGACAGAGGCAAACAGUGGCGAGUGCAGGCAGUGGGAGUAUCCCCUGAUAGAUUUGAGAGUCGGAGACCUCUCCCUGCCCAGUGGCGAGGUCUUAGAGAUGAUGAACUCUCAAAGGAGGCAGGGAUCCCUGAUUGUGUCUUUGUCCAUAUGAGUGGGUUUAUCGGUGGAAAUAAAAGCUAUGAGGGCGCUUUGGCCAUGGCUUGUACUGCUUUGAAGCUUUAAACACAGAAAAGUAGAUUGCAUAUCUAUUUUUAUCAACUGAGAAAAUAGGCUCACAGCAUUCUUUUCAAGAAUCUGAUUGAUUGCUAGCUGUUUCUAUAGAACUUAUGGCUCAUAGACUACAAUUUACUUAUCCUGGAUUAUGAUUUAGCCCUCUUUAACCCAUGUUAGAGUCCAUUUAUUUUGGAUAAAGUUAUAAUGUAUUCCUCAUGAAAACAGUUUUCUCUUUGAUGUUCA